GCGGCGGGGUGGCGGCGGGCGCGGCGGCUCCGCACUACGCGCCCCGGCGGGCCCCGCGCCCGGCGCCGGGGGCGGAGCGCCUCAAAAGGCCGCGGGCGGCGGGGCCCGGCCGCGCUCGGGGUCACCAUGAGCGGCAGCGGGGCGGCCGAGCGGGAGGAGUUCGCGGCCUUCUUCCCGCAGAUCGUCCGCGAUCUGACGGAGGGAGGCCUGGGCCACCCGGAGGUGGGCGACGCCGUGGCGAGGCUGAAGGAGGUGCUGGAGUACAACGCGCCGGGCGGGAAGUGCAACCGCGGGCUGACGGUGCUGGCCGCCUUCCGGCAGCUGGCGGGGCCCGAGCAGCGCGACCCCGAGAGCCUCCGGUGCGCCCUGGCCGUCGGCUGGUGCAUCGAGCUGUUCCAAGCCUUUUUCCUGGUGGCUGACGACAUCAUGGACGCGUCCCUUACCCGGCGAGGGCAGCUCUGCUGGUACAAGAAGGAAGGGAUCGGGCUGGAUGCCAUCAACGACGCCUUCCUCCUUGAGUCGUCUGUCUACCGGCUGCUGAAGAAGUACUGUGGGGAGCGCCCGUACUACCUGCACCUGCUGGAGCUCUUCUUGCAGACUGCCUACCAGACUGAGCUUGGGCAGAUGCUGGACCUCAUCACUGCUCCCAUUUCCCAGGUGGAUUUGAAUCGCUUCAGUGAGCAGAGGUAUAAGGCAAUCGUUAAGUAUAAGACAGCGUUCUAUUCCUUCUACCUGCCUGUGGCCGCUGCCAUGUACAUGACCGGUAUUGACAGCAAGGAGGAGCACGACAAUGCCAAAGCGAUCUUGUUGGAGAUGGGUGAAUUCUUUCAGAUCCAGGAUGAUUACCUGGACUGCUUUGGGGACCCGGAGCUGACGGGGAAGGUUGGCACUGAUAUCCAGGACAAUAAGUGUAGUUGGCUGGUGGUGGAGUGUCUCCGUCGGGUCACACCAGACCAGAGGCGGAUCCUGGAGGAGAACUAUGGAUGUAAGGAACCCGAGAAGGUGGCAAAGGUGAAGGAGCUCUAUGAGGCUCUGGGCAUGAGGGCUGCGUUUCAGGAGUACGAGGAGAACAGCUAUGGGCGCCUGCAGGAACUGAUCGGAAAGCACGCCAACCGCCUCCCCAGGGAGAUCUUCCUUGGCCUAGCUCAGAAGAUUUACAAGCGGCAGAAGUGAUGCUGGGCCUGUCCGUGGACUGCUUGGCCUUUACAAAGGGGGCCCGGUGGGGUUCCCCCCCCCCACGCUGUAGCUGCCCCUGGAGCCGGUCCCUGCCCCGCCAUGGGGAGCGGGGGGGGCGUUUGUGGGGGGCCGUGGAUCAUCUGCCAGCCCUUGUGUCAAUAAACAUAAGUUAUUGUG